CGAGCACUCGGCGAAGGCCAAGCCCCACUCCCGCCUCCCAUCGAUUCAGGAUAUUCGAUGGUCGGUGGGGGUAGGGUUCGGGUGUCGCCACCUAGCGCUGUUAGUUGGAUGACACGGCUGCAGGCAGGCGGCCAGGGCAGCCAAGGCUCCCAGUGAUGCCUGGGACAGGCAGAACUCAUCUCACCUUCUCCCUCUCCUUCCCCUGUCCUCUCCCCCCGCCCCUUUCCCCCCCCCUCUCUCCGCGUGCGCGCGCCUUGGUGGAGAGCAAGUGUUGGUCCCGCUUGAUUGCGGUCGUCGGACCUGGCAAAGCUGGCACCAUCACUAUGCACAUCAUGGCAUCCAUAGCCAUUUUGGCCUACAAAUUUUCGGCACAGAGUUGGACCAGACGUGCCGCAGGACCUGGGCAACGAUGAGCUUCCUUGGCGCACGAAGCGGAUCUUUCAUGGCAACGGGCCCGCGCGGUGGGUUCGUUGGGGGCUCCCGCGGGGCCUUCGCCGGUGGCGGCGCGGGCGGGGGCGCGCUCAUGGGCAGCGGGGUCCACCCCUGCGGCGCGGGCGGCGGCGCGCUCAUGGGCAGCGGGGUCUACCCUGGCGGCGCGGGCGGCGGCGCUUUCAUGGGGAGCGGGGUCUAUCCCGGGAUGGGCUAUGGCGGCGGGGUCUACCCCGGGAUGGGCUACGCUGGCGGUGGUGAGGCGUGCUGCGGAGGCCCAGGCUGUGGCGCGGGCUGCGCGGACGGGUGCGGAGUGGGCUGCGGGGGCAUCGCAGGAACGACGAUGUCGUACGUGGGCAUGGGCGGUGAUUACAUCGCCACGACCACUUACCAGUACGUGGGCCAGGGUGCUGGCACCUUCGGCGUGGUGCCGAUCCCUGCGGCUGGGUGCAGCCCAUGGUGGCUGUGCUGCUUCCUGCCGCUUCUCUUGACACCCCUCCUCUUCUUCGCGGGGACCACCACCACCACGACCACGACCACAACGACCCCUGCCAUCGUCACCGCGCCGCCUCCGGACGUCGUGCCUACGCCGCCGCCGAAGAAGGAGUGCUGUAUCGACAUGUGCAACUGUGCCCGCGAUGGGACGCAGUGCGACGAUGAUUGUGGCUCCGACAAGUGUACCGAUUUCGACGAUUGCGAUGAGAAGGGCAUCUGCAUCACGGGCACUCCCGAAUGCGAGAACCCCACGCCAGCGCCGCCGCCGCAGGGGCCCCAGAAGCACUGCAGGAUCUUCGGUGACCCGCACGUGGUGACGUUUGACGGGCAGUCAGCAAGCUUCUAUUCUCAGGGCGAGUACUGGAUUGUGAAGAGCACCACCGUCUCGAUGCAGGGCCGCUACAUGCCGACUCCAGUGACCAACGGCCUCUCCGUCAUGAAGGAGAUCGCGAUCGGCGGCCCCUUCCUGGAGGGCAAGGAUGGCACCAAGAACAUCCUGCGCAUCUCCUCCCUGCGGGCGACCUUCAACGACAUCCCCAUCAUCUCUGGCUUUCCGGACGCUUGGGAGAACCAGGACCCGAUGAUCAAGGUUGUCACCGACGGCAGCGGGCAGGUGAUGCAGUCGAGCCGCACCGGCAAGGAUAUGCGCGUCGUGCACGUGGACUUGCCGCUCAACAUCCACCUGGAGAUCAACCGUUGGAACGAGCCAGGCGAGGGCGACUACAUCAACACGAUGAUCACCAUGAGCAUGCAGCCCAACCAAGACGGCCACUGUGGAAAUUUCAACGGUGUGCUGGACGACGACACGAGGCCAGCCAUUCGCGCCCGCAUCGGCACCACAGGUGUCCCGCAAGCGGAACUGCUCUUCCACACCAAGACCCCUGUGACGCCCGUGAACCGGCCCGACCUCAACAACUGCGCGUCCGACAAGACCGAGAUGGCCAAGGAGCUCUGCACGAAGAAGUCCAAGACCGGCAUCCCCAACAAAGAUUGCAUGAUCGACGUGUGCUUCGGAGGGGCGCACUUUGCCGACAUGACCGACUACGACGAGUGAGGGGUGGCGCAGAACGCCACAGCCUCGUGGAGAUGUCGUGCCACGUGAACUUUAGUCGAGCAGGGUCAUUCGGGCCCUGGGGCCCGAGCAAGGCUCAUCACUCUGCCGCAAUGAUGUUACAAGCCGCCCACGGCUUGAGGGUGCGCGGUCGCUGUCUGAGCAACGAUCUUCCGCAGAGAUCGGGCAAAGUUACUGGUCAGAGCGGUAUUUUGGUUGCUCCGUGUGCGCCCCUUCUUCCUCCUCCAAGGCGCCGUGUGGCACGGCGUGGCGCGGCGUCCAGAGCGACGAGGGCGGCCGUGCGAGGGAAAUAAAGGACGACAGAUCAUGGUGC